UCAAAUAGUUGGCAACGUGGCCUUGACAGCUGAGCCCGUAAAAAAAUCAUCAACGCGUAGUUUUGUAAACGCCACAAAAUAAACUGAAUUUUACGAAUAUUCGGCAUUAAAUAUCACUUUCAAUGGCUACAAGUAACGCAAAAGGCCUCAAAGCUUCAACGUUUGGUGCUAGUUCAUCGGGAGGUGGUAACAGAACUGGCGGAAAAACCGGCCCAGUUUCGACAACAUCGCAGCCCGAUGCUGACUCAGUCACCAGCACCAUUAAUAUACCGCUCAUAAAAAUAAAAGACAGUAGCAAACAAUUACCCACAUACCAUGCAGCGCUACAACGUUCUGCAGAGGAUUAUCUAGCCGCCGAGGAUUUGGAUAACAUACAGUUGGAACUUGAAACUCUACUUUCAAGUGUGGCGCUUCGUUACCGCGUCUUGAAGUCGGAGUAUGAGAGCUUGGACAAAGAUGAGCGUCGUAUCGAACGACGCUCCAAACAUGGUGCCAGUGGCGCAGACACUCCAAUAGCCAAUGCGGGUGCUUCGUCCAGCGGCAAACGUAAGCGCGAUGAAACAUCAAGCGUACGCAAACCGAAACACACACCCGCAUCAUCGUUAAAAUACUCAAAACAUGCCAAAAAUAGCCCGGUUGCGCCAAAUACGGAUGAUAGUUUGGAUUAUGUACCACCAUCGGGUUCGCAUGGUCACGGUCAAAACCGCGAUCAUCACUUGCAAAAGGUGACAUUGCCCAAAAAUGACACACCAAAUAAAUUUUGGCUUUCCGUCGAACCGUACUGUAUGCCAUUAACAAACGAGGACCUACGUCUGCUCGAUGAUCUAUUGGAGCAGUAUUCUGGACCAUUAGUGCCACCAAUACCAGAGCUAGGGCCACAUUAUUCUAGCAUUUGGGCCACCGAAGAUUUGAAGGAAGUGCAACAAGCUUCAAAUCCAAAUGCCAAUUCAAAUCGUUUGAAACCGCAAAACAGCGCUUCAAAUGCUAUGAUAAAGAAAGCUGAGUCUAUAAUGGACGAAUGUGUUACUGGACCCUUGACACAGCGUCUAGUGUCGGCGCUACUAGAAGAGCAGCUAAUCCAAAAUCCCAGUGAGUUGUCCGCAGCUGCAGUUGCCGAUAGCAGCAAUAGCAGUAGCGAAAAUACGCACUCCUCAGCACAAAUGAAUUUCCGUUCGCUGUCUUUGCUACGCAAUUGCAUCGAUAUUGAAAAACGUGUUAAAAAGGAACUCAUCGAACAGGGUAUUCUUGAUUUGAACGAUUUUCCAAACAAUGAUGAAGACGAAAUUCACGCAGAGAUAAAACGUCUAAUUGCCGAACUAUCUGCAAUUGCAGAGUACAAUGGUGCCGCACUGAAACGGUUGCAUGAAUCAGCCGCUGAGGAGAUCAAGCGUCUAGAAAUCAAACGCAAACUUGACACAAUCGAUCAGGAAAUACUUGAAGCCUAUAAACGUACAAUGCAAAAUAAAGCCAAACGCAAGCCACUCAGUACCGAGGAUCAGCAAGAAAUUUAUCGCUUGACUUCGGAGCAAAAAGCGCUUUCUGACCAGUUGGAGCGCAUACAGGCCAAUUGCUUUCUAUAUGAAUAGUUUUUAGCCACCACUGGUGGAGGGCAAGAACAACCAGAUACGCGCGUUAAUAGUGCAGCACCUGAACGCUCUAUACUAGUGGCGCUUUUAAAUGAGAAAUAGUAAUUAUUUUCACAAUUGAACUAUUGAGUUUAAAAAACGGCAUAAUUUAAACCAUUUUUUUUGUCAACUACUAUACAUAUACAUACAUACUGAACUUACCGCGAGCAGCACACCUCUUCACUGUAACACAAUUAAAAACGUAAUAAACAGCCAAUAUGCUGAAACACUGAGGACUUUAAAAUCGUAGUUGUGUUAAUUAUUCGAAGCUAGGGAAAAUCGGAAACUGAAGAUUGUUUGAGAAUGAAUUCGAGGUCACAGCUGCGGCCAUUAAAAUGAGAACGCUUAGUUUUUAGUAAAUCAACUUUUGGAUGACCGAAUGUAGAGCUAAAUCUGUCGACACAUAUUUUCCCUUUGAAAUGGUUACAUAGUAUAAUCAUUUUCGAAAAAACCCUUCUGUGGGAUUAAUACUUAAAAUUACACAAAGGCCACAAAAUGUAUAGUAAUAAAGUGCUAUGAAAAUAUGUUAGCCUCCACAGUACCUGUUGCACU